AAAGAAAUUUCAUUUUAAUAUCUGCUUUCGACAACUCGUUACUGUUCAGCAAUGAAACGAUUUCGGAGUGCAAUUCUCCUUGGGCACAUCUUCCUCCUGAUAUUUAUAAUCGGCCAGCCACCCUGUGAAGCUCAAUUCACCGGGUUCUUCGCACCGGUGAAGAGAUUUGAGUGCAGGUUCCUGAAGCCCGUGAAGAUAUUCAUACCGUGGUUCCCGAAAUGUCCAGAAGCCCAGUCUGACAAUGACUCCACAGGUUCAUCGUCGUCAUCGAGUUCCUCAUCGUCAUCGAGUUCCUCAUCGUCUUCAAGUUCCGAGGAAUCGCCUGCGCAAUCCCCCGAAGCAGAGCAAGAACCGGAGGAACAGUCUCCGGAAGUAGAAGAGCCAGAGGAAAAAUCUCCUGAAGAGAAUCAGGAGCCAGAAGAGCAAUCACCAGAGGAGGAAACUCCUGAAGAGCAACCGGCUGAGGAAGAGACGCCAGAGGAGCAGUCACCAGAGCAGGAGACGCCAGAAGAGCAACCGGAAGAAGAAGAAACGCCGGAAGAGGAACCGGAAGAAGAAGAAACCCCUGAAGAACAACCGGCAGAGGAGGAAACACCAGAGGAGCAGUCACCAGAGCAGGAAACGCCAGAAGAGCAACCGGAAGAAGAAGAAACGCCAGAAGAGCAACCGCCAGAGGAGGAAACUCCUGAAGAGCAACCGGCUGAGGAAGACACGCCAGAAGAGCAGUCACCGGAGCAGGAAACGCCAGAAGAGCAACCGGAAGAAGAAGAAACGCCAGAAGAGCAACCGCCAGAGGAGGAAACCCCUGAAGAACAGCCGGCAGAGGAGGAAACGCCAGAAGAACAACCAGCAGAAGAAGAAACACCGGAGGAGACCCCUGAAGAACAACCACCAGAGGAAGAAACCCCUGAAGAACAACCUCCAGAGGAGGAAACGCCAGAAGAACAACCAGCAGAGGAAGAAACGCCAGAAGAAGAGACCCCUGAAGAGCGGCUGCCAGAGGAGGAGACCCCUGAAGAGCAACCACCGGAGGAGGAAACCCCUGAAGAACAACUUCCAGAAGAAGAAACCCCUGAAGAGCAACCUCCAGAGGAAGAAACGCCAGAAGAACAACCAGCAGAGGAAGAAACGCCGGAGGAGGAAACCCCAGAAGAACAACCGGAAGAAGAAGAGAAACCAGAAGAGCAACCACCGGAAGAAGAAACUCCAGAAGAGCAACCUCCAGAGGAAGAAAUGCCAGAAGAACAACCAGCAGAGGAGGAAACUCCAGAAGAGCAACCAGCAGAAGAAGAAACGCCGGAGGAGGAGACCCCAGAAGAGCAACCACCGGAGGAGGAAACCCCUGAAGAACAACCUCCACAAGAAGAAACUCCUGAAGAGCAACCUCCAGUGGAAGAAACGCCAGAAGAACAACCAGCAGACGAAGAAACGCCGGAGGAAGAGACCCCCGAAGAGCAACCGACAGAAGAAGAAACCCCAGAAGAACAACUACCGGAGGAGGAGACCCCUGAAGAGCAACCACCAGAAGAAGAAACUCCAGAAGAGCAACCGCCAGAGGAGGAAACCCCCGAAGACAAAGGGCCAGAAAAAUAUGCCGUCACCCUCGAGCUCGGUGACUUUUUAAUUCAGAUAAAGCAACCAGGUGAUGUGGGUGGGGACAAAUACUGCGACGAGUACCCGUGUACCUUCAACUGGCUUAAUGAUGUCACUGACGAUGGUGAUGUCAUGCUGACCUACAAGAUCAACCAGGCAGGUCGUGAGAUCGCAAAUAUCGAGAAAAAGCCCAUCGGCCUUUGCCAAGCCAGCCAUGCACCACGUGAUUCCGUUGACGGCAACGUCUGGAGUUCUUUCUCCUCGAUGUUGACGAGUGGAGUUGAAUCGUGUCCCAUCCCAAGUGGCUCGUUUAAGCUGAAAGCAGCGGACAGACUACUUGACUAUUAUUCGGAUAACCCACUUCCGUGCUCAUCACUGGCGAUUGACUUCCAAUUGUUUCACGACGGAAUGAAACCGUUUUUGACAGGAUACUUUCUGUAUGGUGCGGUGGACAGCGAGGACGCUGAGUACGAGGACUGCUGGGCGGGUUAUACGUCGACGUCGGAAGAGCCUGAGCCUGAGCCAGAGGAAGAGCCUGAGCCAGAGGAAGAACCGAUGCCUGAAAAAUUCAUCGAAAUUCGUGAACUCGUACAGUUUUCCAUCAAAACAACUCCCAAUGAUUACGUCUCCGUCGAUGACGGCUACUGUAACGAGUCUCCUUGCAACGUCAAAUGGUUCCAGGACAUCACCGACAGCAAGGACAUAGUGAUCAGCUAUGUGGUGGACGUCAGAAGCAACGAGAUCGCGAAUAAUGAAGACAAUCCAUCAGAACUAUGUGAAACUAGCCAAAAGCCGCUCGAUAGCUGGGAUAAUCUCGUUUGGAAAGUUGCCUCGCAAAUAAUCGCAGGAGGAGCUGAAUCUUGUCCCAUAUCAAGUGGUACAUACCAGUUCAAUGAGGAGGAUGACAAUAAAAUCUCGUUCGUGACAAAAGAGCCACUGCCAUGUCCUCCCGUGAAUGUUGUCUUUUCAUUGGCCGAGAGGGGGUCGCGCCCAUUUCUAGUGGUGGAAGCCUCGUUUCCACCACUUUCUGAGUCAAUUGAAUGCAGCGCUGCCGAUUAUUCUGGAGCCGAGUGAUUAGCUUAAUUACCCCCCUGAAUUCCCUACUUUUUAAAAUUAAUCUGAGCUUCCAAUCACCUCACAGUUGUAAUUUCCAAAAAAAUUCCUCUUCAACUUCGAUAGAUGGAAAAUAAAAUGAAUAUCUCGUGAAUCGAAAUAUGAAA